AACAAGUACAAUAGCUAAUCUCCGCUAUCAUUUUGUAUUUGCUGAAAAAAUCUAUAGAAUUUUGUGUUUAAAAUGCUCACUGAUUUUCAGGAAUCAUGGUUAACUAGUAGAAAAGGCACUUUACCAAAGAUCAAUGAAUUGGAGUCGAUAAAUGUUGGAAAAACAUGAUAAGUUGAAGCAUAAUGGAGUACACAACUGUUUUUAAAGGCGUCCUUUCACCUAAACAUGUUAAGUGAAAGGUUGCGUUUAGCCAUUACACAGUCGCGUAAUGGCCUCCAACGCACGCUGGAUCUUACACAUAAGCAUCAAUUGGAGGCGAUAUCCUUUCGUUCCAUAUCAGGUCUUUGCUACACUACGUUACGUGUGCACGAAUUGCAAGUAAACGAUUUGUUGAAUAGAUCAGAAGCGCUGGUGGCCCAAAGCCGAAAUUGGACCACAAUACAGACAAGAAAGCGAAGCCACCCGUCUACUUGCUCAGCCUCAUAUCGUUCGAAAAGGAAAAGGCGUCGCACAAUAGAAUAUUCUAUGCAGGACAUAUCGACAACAAAUUACUCACAACUGUUGGACGAAACGGAAAAUUUUGUGGAAUGGGGAAAAAUAGACGAAUAUGUGAGUAAAACGAUGACAAAAGCAAAUGGACAUAGCAGGACAACUUGUAUUCAUAUACGCGAGAUAACCAUUAAUGAAGUUGAUAUGCAAAACGAGCGCUAUUCAAUGGAUGAGGACGAAGGAUUUGAGAAUGCGACAGCCGAGGAAAUGACUACACUUGUACAAUUGCUCUCAGAUACAUCCGCCGCAACAGUGAAGGAAGCUAAGGCACAAAAAAGAAAGGCUUUGGAAAUGUCGACCAUUCGUGAGAAAAGAGCAAAGUGUGCCGAAGAUUCAGCGCACGAUGUAUCUCGCAGCGGUCUUGAGCAGGGUUCGGAUUUACCUCAUUUUAGCCCCUCGCUCGCUCGUUAGUUUACUCCGAGCUAGCGCAACUCACGAGCAACA